UUGGCAGUUGUUUGCCCAGCCCCCUUUUCCUUUCAUUGUCCAUGAGAUCAUAAUGCACCACAAACACACUGAAACCCAGCUAUUUACGGAGUGUUAGUUAUAAUCAAAGGAAGGAUUAUGGCUUCAGAAGCGAUUGAAUUGAAUGGAGAUGCUAACAGAAGUGAUUCAAGAGAGAUUCAGGAGAACCCAAAGGAAAAAAGGCAGCAGUCAGAUCAUCCCCGGCAGAGCCACUGGUCAAGGAACACCCCAAUUAACAUGAACCAUUACGCCAAUAAGAAGAGUGCAGCAGAGAGCAUGCUGGAUAUCGCGCUGCUGAUGGCCAACGCCUCCCAGCUGAAGAUCAUCCUGGAGCUGGGACCCACGUUCUCCUUAUACAUUCCUCUCAUCAGCCUCAUUAGCAUCUCCCUCAUCCUACAAAUCACUGUGGGGGUCUUGCUUAUCUUCAUAGUGAAGUGGAAUCUGAAUGACACGAGUAAACACUACAUACUGAAUCUUCUGGAGAACAUCGUCACAGCUCUCGUCUUUAUAAUCGUAGUAGUAAAUGUUUUCAUCACGGCAUUUGGCGUCCAAAGACCAGAGGACACGAAAUCAUAACUGCCAACAUGAGUUUGGGAUUUCAUACAAAUAUACAUAUAUGGACAUUUAUUAUCAAAGACCAAGCAAGUUGACAUGACAUAUUCAAAUAUGCCUUGUUUUGCAGAACUUUUUUUAGUCCCAAAAU